UUUAGACCAAACGACAACAGAUGAACAGAAACAAAAACAGUGUGUGCCUGGUCAUUUUGGAUCUGAAAAUUGCGAAAGUUUGAGAGCGGAAGUGCUAGAAAUGGCGGCCAUCGCAGUUCACCAGUUGGCCCAGUGCAUAACUUGCCACGCUUGGAGUCCCGAUCACUCUAUGAUUGCACUUUGUCCCAAUAGCAAUGAAGUUCACAUUUAUAAGUUGUCCCAAGACAAAUGGGAAAGAGUACAUGUCCUCCAAAAGCAUGAUCAAAUUGUCUCUGGGAUAGAUUGGAGUGCAAGAUCAAACAGAAUUGUUACUGCAUCUCAUGAUCGAAAUUCAUAUGUAUGGAACCAAGAAGGGCCAGAAUGGGUACCAACCCUUGUUAUACUCAGGCUUAACCGUGCUGCACUUUGUGUGCAAUGGAGUCCAAGAGAGAAUAAGUUUGCUGUUGGAAGUGGAGCUAAAACUGUGUGUAUAUGUUACUAUGAACAAGACAACAAUUGGUGGGUCAGUAAACUCAUCAGGAAGAGACAUGAUUCGUCUGUAACAAGCGUUGCUUGGCACCCUAAUGAUAUCCUUCUUGCGACAACAUCUACUGAUGGAAAAUGUCGAGUUUUUUCCACCUUUAUAAAAGGUGUUGAUACAAGGGACUCAAAAGCAGGCUCUUCUUCAGACUCAAAAUUUGGAGAGCAAAUUAUUCAGCUUGAUCUCUCAUUUUCCUGGGCAUUUGGUGUUAAGUGGUCACCAAGCGGCAAUACAUUAGCUUAUGUAGGUCAUAAUUCUAUGAUUUACUUUGUUGAUGAUGUUGGUCCUUCCCCACUAGCCCAAAAUGUUGCAUUUCGCGAUUUACCUCUUCGUGAUAUCUUAUUUGUUUCUGAGAAAAUGGUCAUAGGUGUGGGAUUUGAUUGCAACCCAAUGGUUUUUGGAGCUGAUGAAAGAGGAAUAUGGAGCUUUGUCAGGUUUCUUGGUGAAAGGAAAUUGUCAUUUUCAGGGUCAAAGUAUGGUUCGCAGUUUUCUGAGGCAUUUGGAAAGUUUUAUGGCCAAUCAAAGAUUGGUGCGAGCAACGAUGGCACUGAUCCUUCAAGAUCCCGUGGUGUCAUUCAUGAGAACUGCAUCAAUUGUAUUGCGUCUCUUGGGGAGGUGAGCAGUUCUAGAACUACGCGCUUCAGCACAUCAGGAUUAGAUGGGAGAGUGGUUAUCUGGGAUCUGCAGAACCAGGAAGAUCUAUCCCAAUAUCUCUGUUGAAGGAUUUCAUAUUUUCCAAGCCUGUACGUUGAAUAUGAUGUGCUGUGUAUAUUAUCAACUGGGAUUUUGAGAGUGAACAGUAUGCUGGAAAUUUUAGUCUAUCUAUCAUGUGGCUGUGGAUUAAACCAAUGGAAUCCCUUCAUAUCAUUCGCAAUUCAACAAUAACUAAAAGUAAAAA